CAGUGGCGCGUGACUAGACGUUUGAGCCAUUGUGUGUUUUGACAGCUUGGCGAAAAGGCUCGCAAGAUAUCUGUCACCCCAUCACCAUGGAGAUCUUGGGCCUCGUGGACGUCCCGUUGUAUGUCCUUCUAGCCCUCGCGGUGGCUGUGCUGAUCUAUAUACACGGAACCUGGAACUUCAAUUACUUCAAAAAACAGGGAAUCCCUGGACCAACACCAUACCCUCUUUUUGGAAACAGUACCUCAUUUUCUUUCUUCCAAAAAUUCAAAGAAUGGAACCGGCAAUACGGAAAUGUAUAUGGGAUAUUUAUGGGAAGGACGCCAGCCUAUGUUAUAUCGGAUCUGGACAUUCUAAAGGAGGUGCUUGUCAAGAGCUUCAACACUUUCAGAAAUCGGAUGAAAUUCUCACUCGUUCCAUAUCCAUUCAAUUUGGGGGUGUUUUUCUUGGACGAUGAGCACUGGCGGAGAGUGAGAAGCAUCAUAACACCGAGCUUCAGCAGCGGAAAACUGAGGAAAAUGAGCGCCGCCAUCAACGAGUGCUCACGGACACUCUCAACUAACUUCUCUAACGCCAUUGGGAAAAAGGAUGGGGUGAUCGUGAAAGAAUACUUUGGGGCUUACACUAUGGACGUGAUUUCACGGACUGCCUUUGGCAUAAAAGUGGAUUCUCAGAACGAUUUCAACAAUGCAUUUGUCGCUAAUGUUAAGCAGAUGUUUACAGAAACAAAGCCAAGGAGAAUACUACCCAUGAUAGCACGCUUCUUUCCACCAUUGGUGUGGAUUAUCCGGAAACUUGGAGUUGGAAUAUUUCCAAAUGGCGUCAUGAGCUUUUUUCAAACAAACAUCACCGAAAUGAUCAAACAACGACAGAACGACUCAAAUGAAAAUCGCGAGCAGAGAAUCGACUUCCUGCAACUCUUGGUAGACGCUGAGAUAACGGACGAUGCAGAUAAGCAAGAAAACGGUAUCACAGCCAAUGGACAGGCUUCGGAGAAACAUGCAGUCAGACGCUUAACAACGGAUGAAAUAGUUGGCCAAGGGAUAGUGUUCUUCAUUGCUGGAUACGAAACAACGGCUUCCACGCUGACCUUUGCAUCGCACAGUCUCGCCAUGAAUCCGGAUGCACAGGAGAAGGCAUAUAAUGAAAUCAAAGAAAUGCUUGGAAAUGAGGAACCAAACUACGACAACGUUGGGAAACUGAAGUAUCUGGACAACGUCAUCACUGAGACGCUCAGACUCUUCCCACCAGUUAUUGCAUUACAUCGCAGAGCAUCUGAGAAUAUUAAAAUCAAAGGCUUGACAAUCUAUGAGGGUCAGACUGUCUUCGUGCCUACAAUUGCACUACAGAGAGACCCUAAGCUCUUCAAGGAUCCACAUUCCUUCAAACCUGAAAGACAUGAUGAAAAAUCCAACCCAUUGUCCUUCUUGGCAUUCGGAUACGGUCCAAGAAACUGUAUUGGGAUGCGUCUGGCUCUGGUUGAGACUAAAAUAGCCCUGGUUCAUGUGUUGAGAACUGUGAGGUUUGAGCGUAUGCCGGAUACACAGGAAGUAUUGACGUUUAAGAUGUCCAACGUUCUUCAAACAGAAAAGGACAUCAAGCUGAAAGUAUCUCCAAGAUGCUGAGCAAAGGGAAGAGGCACCAGCAGUCAUGCAAUGAUAAGAACAAAGGAGAGAAAAGGUUGUAAAAGUAACUGGCUCAUGAUUCUUUCAAACAAGGCGCAGUAGUUUGAUGUGAUGAGUUGUUUCACUUUGGAGUGCCAGAAACUUGUACACGCAAUCGACCUGCAUAACUUUGGAUUUUCCUCCCAGUACGACUCACUGUGAUUAAUAACAAUUUUGGUGCUUUGGUUAACUCAAUCCACUUUCCUUGCUAGUUUUUUCUUCUCCUCAGAGAAAACUUUGAAAUGAGCAGUGUUGGAUGAAAACAUACCUUCGUGAUUGUACUGUCAUUUCUAGGUUUCAGUAAUUCUUGCUUUUUAAACAUUUGACUGUAAAUGAUUGUAGUAUUGAAGAACGAUUUUCAGAACAGACGUUGACCAUACAUCAGUAAUGGGAGAAGUGGAGUGUGCAGACAGACAGACAGACAUACAGACAGACAGAUAGACAGACAUACAUACAGACAGAUAGACAAUGUGUUGUUCCAAAUAAUAUGUCGCCAUUUGAAUGACAUGUGUACAGCUGUAUGUAUUGUAUGUAUAAUAUACAUUGUAAUGGGGAAAAUAUUAAGAGUGUUUAGAAGAGGUGGAAUAUGUUGCUUAAAUUGAUCAAGUUCGGGCUCAAUAUUAAGUACAUGUAUAUUUUCAGGAAAUAUCUAUUUACUUACAGAAAGUUUAAACUGGAAUGUGAAUUCUUAUAAAACACAUGUAGGCUUUGAAUGAAUGAAGUUCUUAGCCCCCGCCCUUGACAAUAUCAAUGAUGUUACUCAGAUCAAAAGCAUGAUGCUAGUAUGUACAUAAAUAUAGAUAUGAUCCCUACUAACACAACCUGUAUAAGUAUUUAUUCUAUAUCACCUAUGUACACAAACAACAGUCAUGGCUGCACAGCAAAUGAAAAGAUGGGACAGUCUGAUAUUUUAUUAGCUGAAUUACAUGUUAACAGAAUAUUGAUAAGUAGUUUCCCAAGUAGUCUGGCCUACUAUUCCAGAUAGUGUUUGAGCUGAACACCAGAACAGUGCAAGCAUUGCAUUCUCACUCAAACGUUCAAACUGAACAUAGCUUUCAACAUACAAUGAGGGUGGAGAAGAACUCAUUUCGUUCCUUUAUAUAGUACCCACAGUGUAAAUGUACAUGUCUGUCAUAAGCAAAAGCAUGUCUGCCACAUUUUGAACAUUCUCGAGAUGUAAUCGGUCAGGAUACUAUCUCAAGAGAGUACUGGACGAUAUAUCUAAGAUGAGGAUACGUUACGGCUAAUUCUAUAGUACAUGCAGUUUACGUUUCGGGUGAGUUGACCAGAUCUUCUCUCAGUGGUAAUCCACCGAUCUUCCUUAUACAAGGAUAUUGCGUCACAUACCAUUUUUCUCACUUGGGUUUUGAUAGGGAAUGUUCCACUGAUAAAGACCGACAUGACAUUUUUUAAAGUUGUAUUUACAAGCAGUCGAUAUCAUUGUAUCGCUGAUGCUUGUGUUUGUUAGGAACAAUUAGGACUGAUGCUAAGUAGAUGAUGUAGAGGUUCCAAGUUACAAUCCAUAACAUAUCUAGACAUAAAAUGAACGCUUUGUAUACCCUGCGCUUACAUAUAUCUAACGUGAAAUGUAACGUGAAAUACACAUGAAUUUGUGCACAUUCUAGUGUCACUGCCCUGUAAGCACAGUGUAUGCCAGAUUGUACACACAUACAUGACAUUGUCAUAUUAACUGCGGUUGUUUAACGUAUUUGUGGUACAUGUAACUAACUAUGAAUUAUUGAAUAAAUUGUCAAUAUCA